CGCACGCACCGACCUACAGCCACCGACCGGACGGGACUUUUAUUUCCGUGGGAGGGUGAGAGAGCUGUUGGACUACUGACCAGCGCACUGAGACGCUCAGGCACAGGUUUGUGGUCGGACUAUUCUUAGUGUUGGGGAUCGUCUGGUGGUGAGUCCUCAUUGGCUGGGGUCACAGUUCAAAGGUCAACGAGGAGCAGGAUGAGCUGUGUGUCCGUGUGUGCUGUCCUCCUCCUGUUGGGCAUGUCCUGGGGCUCCGCACAAGAGGAUGUAGAGUGGACCACCUGGUUUAACGUGGACCACCCUGGCGGCCGUGGGGACUACGAGCAGCUGGACGCGAUCCGGUUCUACUACCGCUCCCGUGUGUGUGACCGGCCCCUGGCGCUGGAGGCCCGCACCACCAACUGGAUCCCGGCCGGACGGACCGGAGAGAGGGUGCACGUGGACCCGGCCAUCGGGUUCUGGUGCGCCAACAACGAGCAGCCCGCCGGACGCAACUGCUCCAACUAUGCCGUCCGCUUCCUGUGCCCCCGAGAUAAGACCUCCGCCGUGGUGAAGGCAGCCUGGGGGCCCUGGACCGGCUGGACGGAGUGCCCAGCGAAGUGCGGUCAGGUGGCCGUGCAGAUGCGCUCCAGAACCUGCAAUUCCAAGCCUCACCAGAGGGGGCAGCAGUGCAACGGGCCCACGGUGGAGGGAAGGCAGUGCAGAGGACCCGAGUGCCCAGGCUGCCACCUGCAGUGCGCGGUGGGAAGGGUGAACGUGGAGUGCGACGCGUGCAUGUGUGAGGGCCACACGGUGUUGGGGUCGGUGCGGAGCGCUGGGGGGCUCCCUGCCCCGGGGGCGGCCAUCUUGCGCUCGGGCCGCACCCCCAAACUGCUGACGCUGUCCGACCACAACGGGCACUUCCGCGUCCCGGGGGUGUGUCCCGACGGAAACUCCUCCCUCUCCGUGCAGCUGCUGGGCCACGCCCCCUAUGAGGUCACCGUGCCGCAGAGCAACGAGCGCACGUCUGUCCUGCACGUGAAGCUGCAGCGAGCCAAGAAACCAUACAUAGUAAGGAACCCUGAGCCCAAGGCCCGCAGAGAGGGGCAGACCACAGCGUUCUGCUGCAAAGUGAGUGGACAACCGGAACCCACCGAGUUCCAGUGGUUCCAUGAUGGCGUUCUGCUGGACAAGAGAACCCUAAACUACGACAGCACGCUGGUGCUGAGGAACCUGCGCAUGGACCAGGCCGGAGAGUACUACUGCAGGGCCAGCGGUCCCGCUGGAGCGGUCAAGUCCAAACCCGCCACUCUCACCGUCAUAGGUCAAGACGAGGCUUCCUGCGACCCCACGCCACAGCCGCACCUGAUCCGCCUGCCGCACGACUGCUACCAGAACCGGACCGACUCGUUCUACUACGAGGUGGGCCGCUGCCCGGUCUCCCCGUGCGUGGGCCGUCUGGACAACGGCAUCCGGUGCCGGGACUCCGUGUCCUACUGCUGCGGCGUCGCCAAGAUGGAGGAGCGGCACAUCCGUUGCCAGGGUUACCAGCUGCCCACCAUGGUGAUCACCGAGUGCGGCUGCAAGAAGUGCGUGGACACCAAGGCCAUCGUGCGCGGCCGGGCCGUGGCCGCCGACACCGGGGAGCCCAUGAGGUUCGGCCACGUCUACAUGAACGGCGUGCGGAUCAGCCGCACGGGCUACAAGGGCACCUUCUCCAUCCCCGUGCCCCCGGACACGGAGAGGCUCGUGCUGACGUUCGUGGACAACAUGCAGAAGUUCGUCAACACCACCAAGGUGCUGCCGUUCAACAGCAAGGGCGGCGCGGUGUACCACGAGAUCAAGCUGCUCCGCAAGAAGGCCCCCGUCACGCUGCACUCCUCCGUCUCCAACACCCUCCAGCUGGGGGAGGUGGCAGGCCAGGACCCCAUCGCCUCCGUCGAGGUCCCCCCCAACUCCUUCUUCCGCGAGAACGGAGAAGUGUACGUGGGCAACGUUCAGGCCAGCGUGACCUUCCUGGAUCCCCGGGACGUGUCGACGGCCGCCGCCGCCCAGAGCGACCUCAACUUCGUGGGGGACGAGGGCGACACGCUGCCCCUCAGGACCUACGGGAUGUUCUCCGUGGACUUCCGGGACGAGGAGGCGGGCGAGCCGCUCAACGCCGGCGAGGUGCGGGUGAAGCUGGACGCGGCGCAGGUGACCAUGCCCGAGCACCUGAACACCAUGAUGCUCUGGUCCCUGAACCCCGACACGGGCCUGUGGGAAGAGGAGGGGCACCUGAAGAUGGAGAAGAAGCGGCGCGGCAAGCGCGAGGAGCGCACCUUCCUCAUCGGCAACAUGGAGAUCCGCGAGAGGCGGCUGUUCAACCUGGACGUGCCGGAGAACCGCCGGUGCUACGUGAAGGUGCGCGUGUUCCGCAGCGAGCGCUUCAUGCCCAGCGAGCAGGUGGAGGGCGUCGUCACCACCCUCAUCAACAUGGAGCCCACGCCCGGGUUCUCCUCCAACCCCCGCGCCUGGGGCCGCUUCGACAGCGUCAUCACGGGGCCCAACGGGGCGUGUCUGCCCGCGUUCUGCGACGACCAGAAAGCGGACGCCUACACCGCCUACGUGAUGGCCAACCUGGGCGGAGAGGAGCUGGAGGCCGUGGCGUCGUCCCCCAAGCUGAACCCCAACGCCAUCGGGGUUCCGCAGCCCUACCUGGGCAAGCUGGACUACAAGCGGACGGACCACGAGGACGAGCGCGUCAAGAAGACGGCCUUCAGCAUCAACCUGGCCAAGCCGAGCCCCAACGCGGCCGAGGAGGCCAACGGACCCAUCUACUCGUUCGAGAACCUCAAGGACUGCGAGGAGGCUCCGUUCAACGCGCCGCACUUCCGCUUCUUCCGGGUGGAGGGCGAUCGCUACGACUACAACACGGUGCCGUUCAACGAGGACGACCCCAUGAGCUGGACGGAGGACUACCUGAGCUGGUGGCCCAAGCCCAUGGAGUACCGCGCGUGCUACAUCAAGGUGCGCGUCAACUCGCCGCACGAGAUCAACGUGCGCUCGCGCAACAUGGGCGGCACGCACCCCCGCACCGUCGGCCAGCUGUACGGCCUCCGCGACACGCGCAGCAUCCGGGACAUGGACCAGGCGGCCGUCUCCGCCGUGUGCCUGGAGUUCAAGUGCAGCGGGAUGCUGUACGACCAGGACCGCGUGGACCGGACCCUGGUCAAGGUCAUCCCCCAGGGCAGCUGCAAGCGCGACAGCGUGACGCCGAUGCUGCAGGAGUACCUGGUCAACCACCUGCCGCUGGCCGUCAACAACGACACCAACGAGUUCACCAUGCUGGCGCCGCUCGACCCGCUGGGCCACAACUACGGCAUCUACACGGUGACGGACCAGGACCCGCGCACCGCCAAGGAGAUCGCGCUGGGCCGCUGCUUCGACGGCACGUCGGACGGCACCUCGCGCGUGAUGAAGAGCAACGAGGGCGUGGCGCUGACCUUCACCUGCGGCGACCGCGAGGUGGGCCGCACCAGCGUGUUCCAGCAGCUGCAGGGCGCCCAGGGCGGCGGGCAAGGGGCGCAGACCGUGGUGACGGCCGGGCAACGCCAACCGCAGGGGCAGCGGGGCAACAGAAGGCAGCGGGGCGGGGCAUCAGCGAACCUGAGGGGCAACCGUAGGAGGAGCACUCGGAACCCUGUCAGAAACACACGCGUCUGAAGUCUUAACCCCGCACACCAUACGCACGUGCACACACACAUACACACCUUAUGAUAUGCACACGCACACACACACACACACAUACAGACACACACACAUACACACCACACGAUAUGCACGUGCACACACACACCAGCAGCAAUGUUUUAGGCAAAUACAUUUCCUGGUGAUAUUAGAAGGGAGGAGGUAGUAACUGUUUUAAUUUGUGUAAUCAUGUCAGGAUUUGGCUGGCACACUGCUAUUGUUUAGUUUUCUCUUCUGUUGUGGAAGGAGAAUAGUACCCUUAUACCAAAUCAUAUUUUACUCAGAUUACUCUUGCCCAGGGAUGCGUUGGGAUAUCGUUUAUGUUGAAUUAUGCAUUUUCCUCUUGUACUGUGAUAACUAAUAUUUAGUACUUGAAACUGUAAAUACUGGUAUAUUUAUUACACUUCAUAUGAACCCAGACAGAUAAAAAAAAAUAAAAACAACCAAAAAAAG